UGGCGGCCCUCCAGCUUUUGCGAAACUACAAGUCCCAUCAUGCCUCUGCCUUUGAGAGUCACGCUUGUAACUGUCAAACUUGCAAUGCCUCAUGGGACUUGUAGUUUGGCAACAGCUGGAGGGCCGCCAGUUUGACACCCCUGUUGUAGAACUACAAGUCCCAUGAGGCAUUGCAAAACUGACAGUUACAAGCAUGGCUCCCAAAAGCAGAGGCAUGAUGGGACUUGUAGUUCACCAACAUCUGGAGGGCCAUCAUGUGACACCCGUGCGGGAGGCGAGUACUGAAGGUC